GUGCGAGGAGCCCCCAUGCACCGCAUGCCCUAUAUGCACUCUCCCUAUGAACGCCCAGCCUGGAAUCCACGAUUCUGCAUCAUCUCUGGAAACCAGCUGCUUAUGCUAGACGAGGACGAGAUCCACCCGUUGCUGAUGAGGGAACGGCGAAGCGAACCCUGCCGGACCAAGCUGCUGCGCCGCACGGUCAGCGUCCCUGUGGAGGGGCGGCCCGAGCACGAACACCACGUGAGCCGCUCGCGGAGGAAGAGCGUCCCUGCAGGGAAGCAAUACAGCAUCAACAUGGACGCGCCCCCGGCACCCCCGUUCCGGCCCUCGCAGGGCUUCCUGAGCCGGCGUUUGAAGAGCUCCAUCAAACGGACAAAGAGCCAGCCCAAACUGGACCGGACCAGCAGUUUCCGCCAGAUCCUGCCACGGUUCCGGAGUGCUGACCAUGACAGAGCCCGCCUCAUGCAGAGCUUCAAGGAAUCGCACUCCCACGAGUCCCUGCUGAGCCCCAGCAGCGCGGCUGAGGCCCUGGAGCUCAACCUGGACGAGGACUCCAUCAUCAAACCCGUGCACAGCAGCAUCCUGGGCCAGGAGUUUUGCUUCGAGGUCACCACUGCGUCCGGCACCAAGUGCUUUGCUUGCCGCUCAGCUGCAGAGCGCGACAAGUGGAUCGAGAACUUGCAGCGAGCCGUGAAACCCAACAAGGAUAACAGCCGGCGGGUGGACAAUGUGCUGAAGCUGUGGAUCAUUGAGGCGCGGGAGCUGCCGCCCAAGAAGCGCUAUUACUGCGAGCUGUGCCUGGACGACAUGCUCUACGCCCGCACCACCAGCAAGAUGCGCACGGACAAUGUCUUCUGGGGCGAGCACUUCGAGUUCAACAACCUGCCAGCCGUGCGCACCAUCCGCCUGCACGUCUACAAGGACACGGACAAGAAGCGCAAGAAGGACAAGAGCAACUACGUGGGCAUGGUCAGCAUCCCCAUCGCCAGCGUCACCGGGCGCCACUUCGCUGAGCAGUGGUACCCACUCAGCCAGCCCAGCACCAGCAAGAGCAAGGCCGGCUGCCCUGCCGUGCGCGUCAAGAGCCGCUUCCAGACCAUGAGCAUCCUCCCCAUGGAGCUGUACAAGGAGUUUGCUGAGUACGUGACCAACAACUACCGCAUGCUGUGCGCCGUGCUGGAGCCGGUCCUGAGCGUCAAGAGCAAGGAGGAAGUGGCCUGCGCGCUGGUGCACAUCCUGCAGAGCACUGGCAAAGCCAAGGAUUUCCUCUCGGACAUGGCCAUGACGGAAGUGGAUCGGUUCAUGGACCGGGAGCACCUGAUAUUCCGGGAGAACACCCUGGCCACGAAAGCCAUAGAGGAGUAUCUGAAACUCAUUGGCCAGAAAUACCUCAAGGACGCCAUCGGCGAGUUCAUCCGGGCGCUCUACGAGUCAGAGGAGAACUGCGAGGUCGACCCCAUGAAAUGCUCCUCAUCCACCCUGCCUGACCACCAGGCCAACCUGCGUAUGUGCUGUGAGCUGGCGCUCUGCAAGGUCGUCAAUUCGCACUGCGUGUUCCCGCGGGAGCUAAAGGAGGUGUUUGCCUCGUGGCGGCUGCGCUGUGCUGAGAGGGGCCGCGAGGACAUCGCUGACCGGCUGAUCAGUGCCUCACUCUUCUUGCGCUUCCUGUGCCCGGCGGUCAUGUCGCCCAGCCUCUUUGGGCUCAUGCAGGAGUACCCGGAUGAGCAGACGUCCCGCACGCUGACCCUCAUCGCCAAAGUCAUCCAGAACCUGGCCAACUUCAGCAAGUUCGGCAGCAAGGAGGAGUACAUGGCAUUCAUGAACGAGUUCCUGGAGCUGGAGUGGGCCAGCAUGCAGCAGUUCCUCUAUGAGAUCUCAAACCUCGACACCCUGACCAACAGCAGCAGCUUUGAGGGCUACAUCGACCUGGGCCGCGAGCUCUCCACGCUGCAUGCUCUGCUCUGGGAGGUCAUGCCCCAGCUCAGCAAGGAAGCCCUGAUCAAGCUGGGCCCCCUGCCUCGGCUGCUCAACGACAUCAGCGUCGCCCUCAGGAACCCGCACAUUCAGCGGCAGCCAAGUCACCAGGGGGAGCGGCUGCAAACCAAGCCCAUCAUCCUGCGGGGGCCGUCCUCUGACAUGCAGCCCUACAUGAUGCGUGACCUCAACAGCUCCGUCGAUCUGCAGCCCUACAUGGUGCGGGGCCUCAACAGCUCCAUGGACAUGACCCGGUUGCCUUCGCCCACCAAGGAGAAGGGCUCCAAGGACAUGUUCUUUGUGACACGCCCGCCCCUGGCCCGCUCCUCGCCCGCCUACUGCACCAGCAGCUCCGACAUCACUGAGCCCGACCAGAAGAUGCUGAGCGUCAACAAGAGCGUCUCGAUGCUGGACCUGCAGGACAGCCGCAUGAACAGCGUCUCCAACCUGCAGAGUGUGGGCGACAUGCUCAACAGCAGCCAGGCCUCCAUCACCGCGGCCAUGGGACUGCGGCCCAGCCGCCUCUCGCAGGGCAGUGGCUCCAGCAUCGCGGCUGGCCUGCGGCUCAGCCACAUGGGAGUCACCACUGACGGGGCUGCAGCCCAGCAGCUUAGGGUGCCUCUCUCCUUCCAGAACCCCCUCUUCCACAUGGCCUCAGACGGGCCCUCAGCCGCACCCUCGCACCGGCCGUCUGAGGGCAACCCCGACACCUUUGCCCCCUUCCACGGCUACAGCAAAAGCGAGGAUCUGUCUGCCAGUAAGCACAUCAUCCACAGCCACAGCUACAGUGACGAGUUCACCCGCCAGGGCUCCGAGUUCACCAAGCGCCAGCUCUCGCUGCAGGAGAACCUGCAGAACAUGCUCUCCCCCCCACAGAUCACCAUCGGGCCCCAGCCCCAGCGAGCCCCACCCCAGCCGCAGCCCCAGGUCCCGCUUCAGCGCGGAAAGUCCCAGCAGCUGACGGUCAGCGCUGCCCAGAAACCCCGGCCCUCCAGCGGCAACCUGCUGCAGUCACCCGAGCCCACCUACGGGCCAGCCCGCGCCCGCCAGCAGUCGGUCACCAAGGAGACGUGUGUGGGCGGUGGGGAGGGGAGUGGAGGGGUGGGGUCUCAUUCCAUGCUCACUAACUCUCUCCCCCCACAGCCAUCGCAUACGCCUUCCACGCUGAACCCGGUCAUGCCGGCCUCUGAGCGCACCGUGGCCUGGGUUUCCAACAUGCCACACCUGUCAGCCGACAUCGAGAGCUCCCACAUCGAGCGCGAGGAGUACAAGCUGAAGGAGUACUCCAAAUCCAUGGAUGAGAGCCGGCUGGACCGGGUGAAGGAAUAUGAGGAGGAGAUCCACUCACUGAAGGAGCGGCUGCACAUGUCGAACCGCAAACUGGAGGAGUACGAGCGGCGCCUGAUGUCACAAGAGGAGCAGACCAGCAAGAUCCUGAUGCAGUACCAGCAACGGCUGGAGCAGAGCGAGAAGCGGCUGCGCCAGCAGCAGGUGGAGAAGGACACGCAGAUCAAGAGCAUCAUUGGCAGGUUGAUGCUGGUGGAGGAGGAGCUGCGCAGGGAUCACUCGGCCGCCCACGACGUCUCCGAACCCCGGAAACGCCUGCUCGACGCUCAGGAGAGGCAGCUUUCCGCCGUGGGUACAGCAAACCCGCGUUUGAGCGGCGCCUUGGCCCAGCCAUGGAACGGGAUCCUGCCCGCCCAGCCACCGCCUCCGCCCCCGCGACUCCAGAUCACGGAAAAUGGAGAGUUCCGCAACACCGCUGCUGAGCACUAG